AUUGUAAUCAUCAACCAAUCUAACUCCUACGGAGUUGAAAAUUGAGUCACGCAAACACUACAUACCUGCAAAUUCCCAUGGAUGGCUGGCUUGCGCGAAUCGAAAUCAACCUCCUGAUCUUUAGUCUUGAUCCAACCGCACCAAGAUAGUGGCGCGGUCAGAUUAACUCUGUUUGCAUGCCCGACGGGGUGCUUGUCAGCUCUUCAACAAGGGACAGAGGGAAGUCCAGCCCUACACGAGUAUGCACGAUUACCACAUCAACGCGCCAACACAGCCCAAUCUGUACAAAACCGUUCAGACCGCUAAUGAGAUGUUUCUAUACUGAUACGCCAGCUGAGGGGGGAGGAAACUUUAAAAAAAAAAAAAAAAAAAAAAAACCGUGCGCCACGUCUAGG